AUGCCAGAUAACCCACACCCAGUGACUACGGUUGGUAUACUGUCCGAGAUAGGAGCGGGUAAUGCAUCCGAGUUCGGUACCACAGUGCGUCCUUCCUGCUGUGACAAUUCUCUGACCCUAGCUUGUCCACCCGGCCCGACCUUCAUUCCUCCUCUUGACAAGAUUCUUCUUGCGGCGCGCUCACAUACCGGCGGUUCCAGUUUGCAGCGCGGAGACCUCAUUGAGGUCGUAGGGCCGUCGGGAUCCGGCAAGACAGUCCUAUGCGCCUUCCUCCUUACCACGACACUCCUCCCACCCUUCCUGACCCUUCCCCUCGAGGCUCCCUUUCAUGGCGUACCGAGUAUAACGGUGCCCCUUGGAGGAAGAGGCAUGCGUGCCGCCCUAGUAUCGCCCGCAAACUCGAGAUUGGUAUUCCUGAUGGACCGCGGUAUGAGGGCUCAUAUUUCCUCGUGCAUCAGUACGACUGCAGAGACACAUGGCUUGCACUACGAUACCAGGUCUCCUGCUGCAGAGAACGCAAUCGACGUGGUGGUCAGCGAGGCUCUUGCACACCUCACCGUUCUCCGUCCUCGCCCUCGUGCCCUUGGGUGGGUCCUCGCUCUCCGUCGCCUGGCUUCUCCUCCGGAGCCCGUGCUUGGAACAACCCCGCCUGAUGGUGGCCUCGAUCUCGUCGUAUGCGACGGCUUCUCGGAUGGAUUCUGGCCGGAACGGUGGUUCCAUGAAGAUCGUGGUGAGCGGCACCGUGAUACCACGAGCGUACGCGGCCCCGAAGACAUUGGUAUGCGCGAGGUGUUGGCGGCCAUCACGACGUUGCGCAAGAAGCUCGGCGCAAUUAUCGUGCUCACUGUUCAAGGAUUGAGACCGAUCCCCAACACACCGUUCUUCAAACCUCACCUUCCUCCACCGUACCCCUCCCCUUUCACCCAGAGAUACGACACACCGGAGGCUCCAUCUGCCUGGCCACUCAACAUCCAGCUGACCUUGCUUGGUCCUGCCAAGCCACUCCAAUUUCCCGCCGAGACGACACUUGUAGAGGCACUUCGCACACGUAAAUUACCAGCAGUUCAGGUCUGCGACGCUAGGGUACGCGUGCCCGGAGGCACUGGACAAGCUGGGACGAUGGAAGGAGCGAGCUGGGCAUUUGGGGUUUCCGAGGAUGGUCUUGUACCAUUCGCAGAGUAG